AUGAGGGUUUCUUCAUUGUACGGGCCCGCGGCGGCCGGCUUGUCGACUUUGUUUGCGCUCCUGCCCACCGCACACGCCUUGACCUUCGAUGCCGUCUCGAUCCCCGAAAUUGACCUGUCCUCGUUGGGCCGGGUCACCAUCACUGGCGACUUCGACGGCGUGUCGCUUUACGAAUAUAAGGGCCAGUCUGAAAUCACCCAGCGCCGAGGCUCGUCCAUUCUCACCCCGCUACCUAAUGGCAUCCUCACGAACCUCUCCUCCGCCGACGCGCAGAUCCGAGACAUGUGCUCCUUCACGAAGAAAGACGGUACAUUCGCAGGGAUAUUUGUGGCAGGUAACUUCACCGGCCUGGGUGGAGUCGAAUCUCGCGGCGCUGCUCUUUUCAACCCUAAUACUAGCGAUGUGACUGCUUUGCCUGGCCUGACGGGGUCGGUGUCGGCCGUGCUCUGUGACCAGGAUACCAACCGCGUCUAUGUUGGCGGAGACUUCUCGUAUAAAAACACUUCGAACGCCGUCGCAUGGUCUCCCGACGACGGCUGGUCCGAUCUUUCUUUCGACGGUCUCAAUGGCCCUGUGAACUCCAUCAUCAAGGGUGAUGACGGCCAUAUCAUCUUCGGAGGAUCCUUUGAUGGCCUUGGCAACAUGACCAGCUCGUCUAAUAACAAGCAGAUCCUCAAUCUGCAGAACGCCACCAUCACGUCCGACGCCCAAACUUCUCUCAGUGGCUAUGUCGAUCCCCGCAAUGUUAUUUGCUCGACCAGCGGUGAAGCGGGCGAGGGAAAGACUUGGCUGCUUCACGACUAUGCCCCUGGAUACUGGCGGGCCUACUUUGGAUUCACCUUCAACCCGACAAAGAUUCGUCUCUACAACACCCACUUUGAUGGACGUGGUACCAAGAGCUUCCUGUUCCGGGCGCUUCCCGACAACGGCAUCAUGAACAUGACUUACACGGACGACUCCGGAAAAAAAAUUAACUGCGAUUCGUCCUGCCCGCUUUCUGAUAGUACCAGCGAAAAGUACCGUGAUUUCACGUUGGUGAACCCCGUUGGCAUGCAGGGAUUCCAGAUUGAGGUUCUGGAUUGGUACGGCCAAGGUGCAGGAUUAAACGGGAUUGAAGUAUUCCAGGACCAGAUCCUGUCUUACGCUGUUGACGCGUUUAACGAGCCCAGCUGCGCGGGUAUCGAGUAUCCCUCCAAGUCGACUCGCACUGGCUCUUGGACAGUCGCAGAUGCUGGUUAUCUGUCUGCGUCGGUGACGGACUCGGAUGACACGAGCGCUUCUGUCGUCUUCUAUCCCGAUAUCAAGGAAUCUGGCAAUUACACCAUUCUUGUCUAUACCCCUGGAUGUAUUCAAGACAACAGCUGCGAUUCCCGUGGUAUGGUCAAUGUCACAGCCACCGUCGUGACUGGCACCGAUGCUUCUCAGCCGUCCCCAACAACUAUUUCUCAGACCAACGACGACGACAAGUACGACUUUUUGUAUUCUGGCUACGUCGAUGGCAGCAGUGAUUCUUUCCGACCCAGCGUCACGCUUCGGCCUAUCGCUGGGCAGGGAGAUCUCACUGUUGUUGCAUCUAUGGUCCGCUUUGAGCUGCUAUCCAACACCACCAGCGGUGGCCUGAAUGGUCUUUACGACUAUGACCCCACUUCCAAGACCGAUACAUCCGACCUUGAUAGUUCAAUUAUCAACAAGGCCGGCACCUCGCUUGACAAUGGUGCCAUAAUCAUGAGUUUGGCUGAGAAUGAUGGUGUUAUCUAUGUGGCGGGCAACUUCUCCACCAAGAAGAUUAACAAUGUCAUGUCUAUUACCGAUGGCAAUGCUACCACAAUGCAGAGUGGCGGCUUGAACUCAGAGGUGCUAGCUAUGACUACCCUCGAUGACGUUCUGUAUGUUGGAGGCCAGUUCACCGAUACUUCCGAUGGCGGUGCCGACGGCCUUUACCAUGUCGCUUCCUACUCCUUUUCUUCCAAGAAGUGGUCGGCCCUGGGUGAUGGUUUGAAUGGUCGGGUCGACGCUGUCUACCCGAUCAAGCUGAACAUAUCGACAGCCAUCAACGAGACCACUAUUGCUGUCAGCGGUGACUUCAGUCAGAUUCGCGCUACCAGCGACCACCCGGCUGUGUUUGUCUCUGGGUUUGCCAUCUGGGUCCCUUCCAAGACGGCCUGGCUGCAGAACCUCAAUGUUACUCAAAUGGAGUUUGCCGGCCGGCUGACCGCAGUGACCUCUGUGAACGAUACCUCCAUCCUUGCAGGCAGCCUUGCUACGAAUGGAAUUACUGCUUCCGGCGCCGUGUCGUUGCAGAACUCCGACGACCUGAAUCUGGUACCCUUGUCAAUGAACACGAAUCACACUCAAUCCAGUACGGGCAUCAUCACUGGAGUCUUCGACACCGAGUCUGAUCGCAACUUGACUAUUGUCGGUGGCCAGUUCACUGCUCUGAGCAGCAACGGGUCAACCAUCCAGAAUGUGGCUUUCUUGAAUGGCACCAAAGAGAACAUUUUCGGUCUGCCGCAAGGUCUGGAUAGUAACUCUACAGUCUACUCGAUGCUUGUACAUAACAACACUUUGUUUGUUGGUGGCAGCAUCACUGGAACUAUUGCUGGUUCCGGCGUCGCUGGUAUGGUGACUUAUGACUUGUCCAACAACGUGUUUGAGCAGAGCCAACCCUGGGCGCUCAAUGGCAACAAUGCCACAGUCAAAUCCAUUGCCCUUCGACCUGGCUCCUCCGAGGUCUAUGUCGGCGGCAACUUUGACUAUGCUGGCGCGCUCCCUUGCACUACUGUCUGUGCUUGGGAUACUUCUUCCGUCAACGGAUGGAGCUGGCCUGGUGCAUCCAUCGGCGGUACUGUGCUUUACCUCUCCUGGGCGAGCUCGAACAUUUUGUAUGCUGUGGGUGAUAUUGAAAUUGGAGGCAAUAAAACUGUCGUCGCCACUUUUAACCAGAAGACUUCGGUUUGGACGGCCUUGACCGGCGCGUCAACCUCUGACAUUCCGGGGAAUGUGACAGCAUUUGCUCCUGCUAGCGAUGAUAUUUCCAAUUUCUGGCUUGGUGGCACUUCGGCCAACGGCUCGGCCUUCCUCUUGAACUACGACGGAUCGAAGUUCCAAUCUACGGGCUCUUUGUUCUCUAAGGGUACGACCAUUCGUGGUAUGGAGAUUCUCCCCAUCAACCAGGAUCAUUCAUCAGUCUCUCUGUUGAAGAAUGACCAGACCCUGUUGAUCUUGGGUGAACUCGUCAUCCCGGAUUUCGGCAACGCCUCUGCGGCUCUCUAUAACGGCACCGCAGUGACACCCUUCAUCCUAUCGUCGAAGUCCAACGGCGAGACUGGCAGCAUGUCCCAGCUGUUCAUGGAGAACAAGAACCCGUACACGCAUCAAUCAUCCCAUCAUUCCAAUGGCAUUGUCGUCCUAGUAUCCUUCUGCUGCGCUUUGGGCUCCGUCUUCCUGAUUGUUGCCGCUGGAAUUAUCGCGAACAAGAUCCAGCGCCGCCGCCAGGGCUACAGUGCCGCACCCCAGACGUUCGGAACAGACCGACCAACCGACAUGCAGCGCCUGCCGCCAGAGUACCUUUUCAACUCCCUGCGACAGCCCAACCCCGGCGCUCCAGUAAUUUAA